GGUGGGCCCUGCUAGCACGGCAGGAAGCCACUUGGCGGUCUUUCUUGGCCCGCCGUCGCAAUCGACAUCGCAUCCCAAGCUGCUAACCUUAUUAUUGCUUGCCAGGGUGCAGUUCGCUUUAGGCUGGCAGACCGGGCGCGGCAGCAAACAUCACUCCAACAGACGUUACUUGUUUGGUGUCUCAGUCCGAGCACACUGGCACUCCCACACGCCAGCACGCCCACCACUGCCGACACCUCACACGCACCAGUACCAGUGCCGCUCCCAUUCCAGCUCCGGUGCGACUCUGCUACCCGAGAAGCCCUUUGACGGCCCCAAGGUCCCCUCGUGGGGUUGAACCUUAGCAUCAUGGCCUCCCGUGAGAAGGACCCCAUUCAACACCACACCCACCACACCCACCACACCCACGCCCUGCCCGCAUCCCAGCAGCCACGAGGGCAGCCAACAUGGAUCUGAAGUCGCUGACACUAGACGGCCACAUCUCAGUCAAGCAGUUCAUUCGAAACGUCCGCGCCGCAAAGACCAUCGCAGACGAGCGUGCCGUCAUCCAGAAGGAGAGUGCAUCCAUACGAGCCAGCUUCCGCGAGGAAAGCCACGACCACCAAGUCCGGCGCAACAAUGUUGCCAAGUUGCUCUACCUCUUCACCCUGGGCGAGAGGACCCAUUUCGGCCAGAUCGAGUGUCUCAAGCUCCUCGCCUCGCCACGCUUCGCCGACAAGCGUCUAGGCCACCUGGCCACGAGUCUGCUGCUGGAUGAGAACCAGGAGGUGCUUACACUAGUGACGAACUCGCUCCAGAAUGACCUCGCCCACUCGAACCAAUAUGUCGUCGGCCUUGCCCUCUGCACCCUCGGCAACAUUGCCUCCAUCGAAAUGUCCCGAGAUCUGUUCUCCGAGAUCGAGAAGCUCGUCUCGACCGCGAACCCGUAUAUUCGAAGAAAAGCCGCCCUCUGCGCCAUGAGGAUAUGUCGAAAGGUACCAGAUCUGCAGGAACACUUUGUCGAGAAGGCCACGGCCUUGCUUCAGGAUAGGAAUCACGGUGUGCUCCUGUGUGGGCUGACACUGGUAACGAGUCUCUGUGAGGCAGACGAGGAGGAGGGCGGCGAGGAGGGCAUUGUCGAGAAGUUCAGGCAGUUCGUGCCCAUACUGGUCAGGACACUGAAGGGACUGGCAUCCUCUGGCUACGCCCCUGAACAUGAUGUCAUGGGGAUUACCGACCCUUUUAUACAGGUCAAGAUCUUACAUCUGCUCCGAGUUCUGGCUAGGGGCGAUGCCCAGAUCAGCGAGCAGAUCAACGACAUCCUCGCGCAGGUUGCGACCAACACCGACUCUUCCAAGAACGUCGGCAACUCGAUCCUGUACGAGGCGGUACGAACGAUCCUCGAUAUCGAGGCCGACUCUGGUCUGAGGGUGCUCGGUGUCAACAUUCUUGGCAAGUUCCUCACCAACAGGGACAACAAUAUCCGAUACGUCGCGCUCAAUACCCUGAUCAAGGUCGUCGCAAUCGAGCCGAACGCUGUGCAGAGACAUCGAAACACGAUCCUCGAGUGUCUGCGAGACCCAGACAUCAGCAUAAGGCGGCGUGCCCUCGACCUCAGUUUCACGCUCAUCAACGAGAGCAACGUCAGGGUGCUGAUCAGGGAGCUCCUGGCCUUCUUGGAAGUUGCGGAUAACGAGUUCAAGCCUACCCUGACGACCCAAAUUGGCAUCGCCGCCGACCGAUAUGCGCCGAACAAAAGGUGGCACGUUGAUACCAUGCUGAGGGUCUUGGCACUAGCCGGAAACUACGUCAAGGAACCCAUCAUGUCUUCUGUCAUCCGACUGAUCGCGACGACCCCGGAGCUCCAGACAUACGCGGUCCAGAAGCUGUACACAAGUCUUAAGAAAGAUAUCACCCAGGAGAGCUUGGCACAGGCGGGAGCAUGGUGUAUCGGGGAGUACGGUGAUGUGCUGCUCAGGGGUGGGCAAUACGAGGAGGAGGAGCUCGUGAAGGAGGUCAAGGAGCACGAGAUUAUCGACCUCUUCUCCACCAUCCUGAACAGCAACUACGCCACCCAGGUCACCACGGAGUAUAUCGUCAACGCGUUGAUCAAACUGACAACGAGGCUGACAGACGGAACGCAAAUCCAAAGAGUAAAGAAACUGCUCGAGAACCACCAGACAAGCUUGGACGUCGAGGUUCAACAGCGCGCCGUCGAGUACCUGAACCUGUUUGGUCACGACCAGCUCCGCCGCGGUGUCCUCGAGAAGAUGCCGCCGCCGCAGAUCAAGGAGGAGAACCGCGUGCUCGGCGAGAAGUCCGCCAAGGAGAAGAAGAAGUCGAACAGGAGGUCGAAGCCCAUCAAGGUCUCAGAACAGGACCUGCUCAUGGAUAUCAUGGGCGACAGCGCCCCGUCCCCGGCCCCCUCAAACGGUAACUCCCAGAACAACGCAGACCUCCUGGCCGACAUCCUCGGCGGCACGACCUCACCACCGCCAACAUCAUCAAACUCGGGCACGCCGGCACCACAGUCCAACAUGUCCGCCAUCAUGGACCUCUUCGGGUCCGGCCCCGCACAGGCCACGCCGCCCCCCCAGGCCGCCGCCGCGGCGCCGCCGCCGGCGUCGUCGUCGUCGGGUCUGGACCUGCUCGGCCAGAUGGGAGGCGCGGCCUCCCCCGCGCCGCAGGCAGCAGCGGCGCCGGCGGGCUUCCCCUGCUACAACAACAACGGCGUGGUGGUGACCAUCGCCACGCAGCGCAACGCCGAGGGCAUGGUGCAGGCCGUCGCGCGGUUCCGCAACGCGUCGGGGGGCCCGCUGUCCAACGUCGGGGUGCAGGCGGCCGUGCCCAAGAGCCAGAAGCUGCAGCUCAACAGCAUAUCGAACUCGGAGCUGGCGCCCGGGACCGAGGCCACGCAGGCCAUGAGGAUCCAGGGGGUCAAGGGUCCUUUACGUCUGCGUCUAAGGGUCCAGUACGCACACCCCUCGGCCGGGCAGGUGAUGGACCAGGUGAACUGGUCGGAGCCGUCCUGAGUGAGCGGCGGGGGGCUCGGCGGCGGAUGAGAGCAACGAAUGGGAAACUCGAAACAAUCGAAUAUAGUAAGAAGGUUCGAUGCGUGAGAGAACGAUCGAGGUAUUGGUGGGGGAGGGGGGUGUUGCUGUAAAGAGAGAGGGCUGGGUGGCUAACGCAGAGGCGUCUUGAUUGGGCGGGGGAUGGGGCUUCGAGGAUGGAUGGUCGUCCGUCAUCAAAAGCAAGCAAGUGAAGCAAGCAAGUGAAGCAAGCGGUCAAUACAUAUCUACGUACAAGCAGUCGGUCCCGCCAUGACUGACUGGUGUUCAUCCAUUUGGCCUCUCUGUGUGUGUGUCUGGCAGGCCUCUCUCUCUCUCUCUCUCUCUCUGGCGGCCUGGGGCUUUUCAUCACCAUGAGUGGCUGGCUGGCUGGCUGGCUGGUUGUUCCCAUCUUGCUUGAGAUCGGCACGGCGGUUCCUGC